GGUAGGCUGCGCGGUAUACGUUGGUAGCCAAAGACUAAAAAACGUUAUUUGUGAAUAAAACAAUAGAACAGGUGUGUUUGUCUAUCAAAGUCAGCGAUUAAAUUAAUACAAAUACCAGAUAUCUUCUUCAAAAUUCCAUAUACUAAGUGUUAACAAACGUAGGAACUGGAUUUCACAUUGUCUACGAGUUCGUUUUUAAUUCAAGUUGGGUGAAGUAGGCGAACAGCAUUUUUGGCGAUUAGAGAACUGCACUUACUUUGAAAGUCUCUGUCGACCACUUCAGCUACAUCAGAAAAUUAUCCGAAUCUUUGGCGUUAUGGACUUAAACGGAAAAAAUGUGAUCUAUAUCGGUGGAUUUGGAGGUAUUGGAGAGAAGUGUGUUGAGGCUUUUCUGAAGAACGGUGUGAAAAGUCUUUUGAUUUUGGAUUUGCAUUGCAAUGACGAGUUACUAAAACAUUUGCAAAAUUCGUAUAAACUAUCCUACGUCGAUUAUAUACCCUUAAACAUUACCAACUGUAAUGAAAUACGCGAAGCUUUUCAGAAAGCUAAGGCCAUGAUAAGUGUGUUUGACGUGGUGGUAAAUGGCGCUGGUAUUGUGGAUGAGGAAAAAGUCGAUCAAAUAGUUCAAAUUAAUUUAACAGGUCUUAUACACAGCAGCCUGAUUGCCUUGGAGCACAUGAGCAGGGCCAAUGGAGGACGAGGAGGUUGCAUUGUUAAUAUAUCAUCGAUAGCAGGUUUGAACCCAACCGAAAUUUGUUGCAUCUAUGGUGCAACGAAGAGUGCCGUUCUUUAUUUCACCAGGACUCUGGCGAAACCCAUUUAUUUCAACAAAACUGGUGUCAGUUUUAUAACAAUUUGCCCCGGAGGAACAGCAACGCCGAUGUUUCAACAAGCAUUCUCCCAAAUGAUAGGAAUCAAACAUUUUCCUCAAUUUUCAAAUGUUCUCAAAUCGAUGAAGCCUCAAAGCGCCACAGCACUUGCCGAAAAUCUAAUGGAAGUUCUGAAGACGGCUGCCAACGGUUCAACGUGGGUCCUAAACGACGGAAAAAUAGAACAGAUUACAUUUCCGGAAAUAUGGGGAUCGGCAAUGAAAUUGAAUUAGAAUGUUCGCUUGAAGGGUGAAAUAAAUAACAAACUGUUAAAACAUAAAUAAAAAAAACGCCAAAAAUAUAAAUAUAUCUUAGAAACCGAA